AUGAUGAAUCGAAUUUUACGAACCACGGAAUUGACCUUAUUUUCCUUAGAUGAUCACACACUGCCAUAUUUUGCAACGUUUUUGAGAAUGCAACGUUUGUUUAAAGAAAACAACAAUCGGCUUACUUCUGACAGUAUUUACUUGUAUGAGGAUCGACAACAUUUAUGUUUGGUUUCCAACGAGCGUGCCUCCCUUACUUUUGGAAUUUCAACUUCUCAACCGUGUGCAGUGUUACAACUUACAAAUCCAUCGUUGUGGUUGAUGAGUUCAAGUUCACCAUCUGUGACAACUACUUCGAUUGAGGACGUAGCCACAAUUCAUAAUGGCGACAUCGAUCAAGAAGCAAAGCCUCUGCAACCUUCUAAACCUUUCAUGCUUUCUUUUAGUGAUCCUACUCCAAAUAUCUUUGGUGCUACCCCCAGCACAACUGAUAAUUUUUCAUUUGCCUCCACUGUGGUGAGUAAGAAGGACAAGGACGAUAUGAAUGAGCAGCAAUCACUCAUACCUCUUCAUGAAACAUUGGAAUUUCAAACAUCUGAUGAUUCUGAGGUUGUUAAUUCCAUACCAACAACAUCCACAGCUAUCUCGAGUGAUGACCAAGGACUAAAUCCCCCAAUGGGAACUUCUCUCUUCAACACCAGUAGUAGUAACACAGGUUUUAGCUCUAAAAGUACCACACCAGAGGCUCACCUUUCAAAGAUCUCCUUGAUUGUAUUCACACCCUCUAGAGAUACAUUCUCCCUUUCUCGCAUAUUGAGAGUUUUGACAGUAUUGGACCAUGUCCUUAUAUUGACAGCGAAUGGUGGAACCGUUGUAUUCACAAAUGAGAGCGUCAAGAAUGUUGUACUCAUUAACUCGACCACUAAUGAAAGUCUUCUGAACGAUCUCCAAACGUUGAGAAAGUAUUGUGUUAUGGAUGUUCCUCAGGCUCAUUUGGUGCAAUAUCCAGUGAUAAUAUUCGUGAAAAAAUGGAGAGCAAAGAUUCAAGGUUUCGCUUUUGGAUCCAAACAGCUAUUGUUGAGAGAUAUUAUCCAACAAUCUUCUGAAAAUGACCUUGAAAAAGCAAAAUCAUUCAUAUCUUACUUGAUCAAGGAUUUGAAAUAUCCAUGUCAAGACCUGAACUUGUUCGAUGCGUCCUUUCAUUCUUUGACUGAUCAAUGUAUUGCACAAUACGUUGUUUAUUUAUGUAAUGAGUAUCAGGGGGGAAGAUUAAUGAAAAUACCAGAAGAUGACAAAGGAUGUGAAGAGAUUUUAUUGGCGUUAUUGAGCUAUGGAUGGAAUUGUUGGAAUCAAAAAGAUGAAUUGAUUUACAUGAUGUGCUCGUGGAUUACUAAGAAACACUCUAUUUUGGAAUUUAUGUUAGUUAAUUUUUACAACACAUUGGACACCGAUGGAUUAUAUUCGUUGAUGGUACAUUGUUGUCGUCAAGUUAGAACACGAGCUUUAGAUGCCAUUCUUUCAUACAGUUUGUUGCAUAAGGAAGAACUAUUAAUGAACGCUCUCAUCAUGCCAGUGAAAUGCGCCAAGAGUCGUUCAUCCUUUAGUACAACGAUCGCACAAGGUGAAACUUUUACAACAUCACUACUUGGAGUAUUAUUCCAACAUGGAGCUCACGCCUGUAGUGGAUUCUUAUUGCAAAGAACAGUUGAAAGAAUGAGCCAUGAAAAGUUUGACAGUCUUGGCGUGAACGAGAAUGGAUAA